ACAUACAUACUUUUUCUGUGUGCUGUGUCAUUGCAAAGACGUGUUUUUUUUGUGACUUUAGUUUUUUGUUCAUUUUUGCUUCAAAAUGCUACUAAACUUACCCCUGGAGAUCGUUGACAAAUUUUUCGGUUACCUGGACGAGACGGACCAACUGAAUCUGGCCGACGCACACCAAAUACUUGGAAGCGCUUUUUUCUACCAUGCUGGCGGACGAUACGCACAACUUGACUGUUCCAAAUACAUAGACGACGAUCUGAAAGUUAUUCUGGCAACGUGUGGAUCCUCUGUAGUCAAUAUUAACAUUGAUCUCAUUGUCGGGAAGUCAGUUAUAGAUCUUGUGCCAAAGUAUUGCCCUAAAUUGGCAUGCGCUCAAUUGUGUGUAACAACUGGGAAUAUCAACGCGAUCAAAUCCAUUUUAAGCAUGAAAGACCUCGAAUUCAUUCUGAUUUGGAGUAUGGAUUAUGUGGAAUCGGAUAUUCUUCUUCACACUAAUACAGGCUGCAAAAAAUUGGAAAUAUGCUAUACUUCGAAUUCUGAGGUCAGCCAUUUACAGAGACUGGAACACCUGGAAUAUUUGACGAUUUAUUCGAACCGUAGGGCAAGCGUAAACCAUAUUCUUGAAGUAUGCGUUCAUCUGAAGAAACUUAAAACUUUAUGUGUAAUAACAGCUGAGGACAACACGACAUGUUCAGGGCAUCCUUAUCAUGAUUUUGUGUAUCCUCAACUGGAAAGCCUUACAUUUAUGUUCUGCCCAUUAUGUUCAGUCUUGCCAUCAUGUCCGAAGCUCCGCUCGUUGACCCUGUCUUGCAACAAAUAUCGUAACGUUAGCAUUGGACAAAUCAUCGCAAAAUAUGCACUCACAUUGGAACGUCUGAAAAUACAGUUAGAGGAGAAGCAACCCAACGGAUUUACUGCAGAGGUUUUUUUGGAAGUUCUUGGAGAAUGCAAAAACUUGCAGGCCUUUACCAUGGACACCAUUAAUGUCAUAACGGAUGUGUUCAACCGACAUCUAGAAGCCUUCAUGAACAUUUUAAUAGCGAAUGGUUUCAAUGAACACCGUCGUUUUUUAGUGACUACCGGCUCGUCGAUUGCCCAAGAACAGAUGCAGAAAUUGGCGACUGAUUACCUAAGCUCCGAAAUAUGGAAUUUAGUUAGAUUCCAACUGAUUCGUCAAUAGGUUAGACGCACCCAUUCUUGCAUUAAAAUUGGAAUAAUAACUUUUUAUUUUUAAAGAAUUCAAAAAAGUUGAUAUGCAAAAACCUUGCCUAUUUAAUUAUUCGAAAAAGUACAGAAAUUUAGCAAAAUAAUGUUUUUUAAACAGUUUCUUAAAGCUGUGUUAAAUAAGUUACUUUUUUCUUGGUCACUAGAAUAGACGCACUAAAACUAAAUAAUUUUUUGAAGUAAAAGUAUUUGAAUAUGUAAAUCCUGAUACCGUUGUCUGGGAGUUUUCCUACGCAAAGAGCUUCCUUAAUUGAUUUUCGACAUAUACUACAAGUAAAUCCAAAUAAAUGAGCGACCUGGGAAUUUGCAAAUAAAAAAAAAAAUUCCUAUAAUGAAACAUUAAUUUAAUACCAAAAUACCAGACAC